CAGACGACACGGCCGUAGCUGCUGGUUACACUCGUAGCCCGUCGACAAAUGCAAAACAUUGUGAUAGCAGUACAACACUAUAGGAGCUACAGCAAUCAUUUGUUGUGUUGUGUUUUGUUUUUCUGUACUUUUUUUGUAUAUAAAAUUGUGAUGUUAGAGUAGUAAAUAUUUAUUUAAUCCCCCUUUUGCAAGCGAGCCCCGGACAGAAGGGCAGCCGGAAAACGAUGAGUGAGGCCAAAAUUACCGAAUACAAGCUGCUCGAGCGGCUCGGCAGCGGCACGUACGCCAUCGUGUACCGAGCGAUGAAGAAGACGACGAAGGAGAUACUGGCGGUGAAGGUGAUGGCCAAGAGCAAGCUCUCCUGCACCGCGAUGGACAACAUCAUCAGCGAGAUCAGCCUGCUGAAGAAGCUGAAGCACCGGCACAUCGUCGAGAUGCGGGACUUUCUCUGGGACGAGGAGAACAUCUACAUCCUGAUGGAGUACUGCGACGCGGGCAACCUGUCCUCCUACAUCCGGCAGCACCGGACGCUGGACGAGGGCACCUGCAAGCGGUUCCUGCAGCAGCUCGCGCUCGCCCUGCGCUACAUGCGCCAGCACGACGUCAGCCAUCUCGACCUGAAGCCGGCCAACCUGCUGCUGACCCGGGCGUCCGGCACGUACGUGCUGAAGGUGGGCGACUUUGGGUUCGCCCAGCGGCUGAAGCUGAACCAGGAGAACACGGCGGUGAAGGGUUCGCCGCUGUACAUGGCGCCCGAGAUACUGCUGAACAGCUCGUACGGGCCGGCCGCCGACCUGUGGAGCGUCGGCGUCAUUCUGUACGAGUGUCUGUUCGGCCGGGCCCCGUACAGCUCGACCAGCCUGCACGAGCUGGCCGAGCGCAUUCACCGGAACGAUCCGAUCGCGAUACCGUGCCGGCCGGCCAUCUCGACCGACUGCCGGCAGCUGCUGGUCAGCCUGCUGCAGCGCGAUCCGGGCCGGCGCAUCGGCUUCGAGAAGUUUUUCGACGAUCCGUACCUGGACCUGGCGCACGUGGCGUGCGAGGAAAAUCUGGAGAAAGCGAUCGCGCUCAUCAACCGGGCGAUCGAGCUGGAGCAGCGGCAGGAGCUGGCGGGCGCCUACCGGGCCUACUGCCAGGGGCUGCAGUACUUUGUGCCGAUCACGCGCGCCGAGCCGGAUGCCGGCAAGCGGCAGCUGCUGCGCCAGCGCGUCCUCACGUACCUGAACCGGGCGGAAGCGCUCAAGCAGCACAUUUACGCGACGACCCAGACGGAGCAGCAGCAGCAGCAGCAGCAGCAACAGGACGUGCCAGCUGCAUCGGUGUUGAAACGACCGGACGAGAAGGGACGUUCCGGUGCGGGAAACAUACAUUCUUCGAGCUCAAGCAAAGAAGGCACCGGCGGCGGUGGUGGUGGCCGUUCGAGCGAUACGCUGGUGGAGAAAGCACACGAACCCGGCAUUGCCGAACUGGCCCGGGACAACGAAGCGAUUGCCCGCGGGCUCGAGAUUGGGUGGCAGGCGGCGAAGGAAGCGUCCGAGAACAAGCUCGAUGCCGCACUGGACAGCUACACGUCGGCGCUCAGCCUGCUCAUACCCGUGCUGCACCAGGACAUUCCCGCCGGACAGAAGCGGGUACUGCGGCAGCGUGUCGUCCAGUGGAUGGAGGAGGCGGAGCAGAUCAAAUCGAUCCGCUCGGCCCAGAUCAUGCAGGAGAUGGAGAGCACCGAGGCGAACCACUACGCCUGUACCGUGCAGUAGUUGCUGAACUGUUUCACCUACCGCCAACCGCGGAUUGUGCUCUCUCUCUCUCUCUGUUUCACGCUCUCUCAAUGUAUGCUUUUGGGAGGGGAGAGACAACUAACAUCACCAUGGCAAUGGAAACGGAUACAGGAAGUUACCAGCCUUCUGCAGCAUUUGGGCCAGAGCACUCGUUCCAGAAUUAAUUUAACUCGUAAGUCCGUUCCAUUCAUCAACGUUUCUGUGGGUUUGUGCACGUUGGCGCCCAAAAGAUGCAGUAAGAUUUUUAAAAGCUUAAUUCACGAAUGAAUGUCAGUAUUUCCGGCAAAAACCGCAACCGAUUUGUUCCUAAACGCGUACCGCACCUUGCUUGCACGGCUUGUUGCUAAUCCACCGGUGGCGACUGUGGUUGCGGCAUCAGCGACCUACUAAACCUAAGAUUCCCCCAUGCCCCACCACCACAUAGCUGCACUUCUAUGUACACGAUGAGAUUUCUCGCGAAAGUGCGAUUAGCGGCCAGACUCGUAAAUCGUAUUACGCGGUGUGAUUUUGUGAUAAUAAAAAUUUAAACUAUAGUGAAAACAA